AGUUCCUUUCACUCCGUAUCAACAACAGGAAGAAAUCAUUCCUGCCACCCCACCCACCCUCCCCGCUCCGGAGCGAAGUGCGCUCAUCCGCACGCAGUGGCCGGCAGCCCGAGCGCUUCUCACGCAGCGACCGGCGUGCGAGUUCCCCUCCUUGCACUAAACUUUGCUUCUCUUUCUUUCUCCAUUUUCUCUCUCUCUUUCCCCCCCUUGCUUUGGGAUAUCACGUUUUAUUGGCAAAAGGAAAGCACGUAGCUCCCAUCUUCCCUUUCCUUCCCCCCACUCCCCUCCCCUCAGGACUUUUCCUAUUCGGUGGGAAUCUUAUUGCCAGAGCCGAUCUCGCGUCUGCCAGCCUUCACCUGGAUAUAAUAUUCAAGCAAAGCUGUUUCCAACAUGACAACUCUGGCUGGAGCUGUCCCAAGAAUGAUGCGGCCGGCUCCCGGUCAGAACUACCCUCGCAGUGGAUUCCCACUAGAAGUGUCCACUCCGCUAGGCCAGGGCAGAGUCAACCAGCUCGGGGGAGUUUUUAUCAAUGGCAGGCCUCUCCCCAACCACAUCCGACACAAGAUAGUGGAGAUGGCCCAUCAUGGGAUAAGGCCCUGUGUCAUCUCUCGCCAGCUGCGUGUAUCCCACGGCUGCGUGUCCAAAAUCCUCUGCAGGUACCAGGAGACGGGCUCCAUCCGGCCGGGGGCCAUCGGGGGCAGCAAGCCCAAGCAGGUGACGACGCCGGACGUAGAGAAGAAAAUCGAGGAGUACAAGCGGGAGAACGCGGGCAUGUUCAGCUGGGAGAUCCGGGACAAGCUGCUCAAGGAUGGGGUCUGCGAUCGCAACACGGUUCCCUCAGUGAGCUCCAUCAGCCGCAUUUUGCGAAGCAAGUUUGGGAAAGGAGAGGAGGAGGAGGCGGAACUGGAGAGGAAGGAGGUGGAGGAGAGCGAGAAGAAGGCCAAGCACAGCAUCGACGGCAUCCUGAGCGAGCGAGCACCCCAAUCUGAUGAAGGCUCUGACAUAGAUUCUGAACCAGAUUUACCUUUAAAGAGAAAGCAGCGCCGUAGUCGAACAACUUUCACCGCAGAACAACUAGAAGAACUGGAAAGAGCAUUUGAGAGGACCCAUUACCCUGAUAUAUACACACGGGAAGAACUUGCACAAAGAGCCAAACUUACUGAGGCUCGAGUUCAGGUCUGGUUUAGUAACCGUCGAGCUAGAUGGAGGAAACAGGCAGGGGCCAAUCAACUGAUGGCUUUCAACCACUUGAUCCCAGGAGGCUUUCCACCCACUGCCAUGCCAACCCUGCCAACAUACCAGCUGUCUGAGCCCUCCUAUCAACCCACCUCCAUACCCCAAGCUGUGUCUGAUCCAAGCAGUACGGUCCAUAGACCUCAGCCUCUUCCUCCGAGCACUGUGCACCAAAGCAGCAUCCCUUCAAAUCCAGAAAACAGCUCUGCAUAUUGCCUACCCAGCACCAGGCAUGGAUUUUCCAGCUAUACAGACAGCUUUGUGCCUCCAUCCGGGCCCUCAAAUCCCAUGAACCCUGCCAUUGGCAAUGGCCUUUCACCUCAGGUAAUGGGACUCUUGACUAACCAUGGUGGUGUACCUCACCAACCCCAAACUGACUAUGCCCUCUCACCUUUAACUGGGGGCCUGGAACCAAGCACCACUGUAUCAGCCAGUUGCAGUCAGAGGCUAGAUCAUAUGAAAAGUUUAGACAGCCUGCCUACAUCCCAGUCAUACUGCCCACCAACCUACAGUACUACAGGUUACAGUAUGGACCCUGUCACAGGCUACCAGUAUGGACAGUAUGGACAAAGUGCCUUUCAUUAUCUGAAGCCAGAUAUUGCAUAAAUGAACUGUCCGCUUCAAGUUAAAGCUGGUCUUGUUUCUGGUCUCACUCCAAUGCUUGGAUAGGAGGAAUCUUCUCACUGAAACACAGCCCAAACCAGGGCAAUCACAAUAAAGAUACACGAUUGUUAUGUGCUUUUCUCCCGUCAUUACUUUCAGUAGACAUUCAGACAUUAGUACGAAACAGUUCAGAAGACAAAGACCAAGAGCAAUAUUAAAUAAACAAAUGCAGCUUGGUUCAGUAUGGGCAGGUAUCAAAAAUAGUAAAGUAUUUAAAACUGCUGACUGACAAAACAUUCCAUUUUUAUGUUGGUGAAAAAAGCAGGCAUUGAUUUGAACCGAAGGAAUGAUCCAAAACUUAACAGUUAAUCUCUGUAGAUUCUGACUCGUCUGACAUCCAAUGCUGACUUUACGAUAACUUUAAAACUGCUCAGUUUAUGAAGCACGGGCAGGAGAACUUAAAAAAAUUUUACACACUGGAAAUUGACAUCAAGAGGAAAUGUUGCAGUCAGUAGGAAGCUAGGAUAGAUGUAAAAGGCUUCCAGAAUAAGGUUUUGGUUAUCUUAUCACUCUUUUGUAAUUAUGUUGUCAAUAAAUGUCACUUGCAAGUUUUGCUUUACAACAAAUGAGAUGAUGUGUAACACAAAGAAAAAGUUUUGCCUUUUUUUUGUGUGAAGUCUUCCUAGUCCAUGUUACAUUCUGAAUCAAAAAAAGGAAAAAAAUCACCAACAAAGUGACUUUGUUUUCCAUAACUGCCUAACAAUGUGCAAUACUGUGUACCUCACACAAACUUUGGGAUCAUCCAAAGUGAUAGAUAGAAUCAGAACUAUAUUUUUCCAGGUACUUUUAUUUUUGCAGUAUAUAAUUCAUUGUAAUAAAAUGCAGAAGUGUUGUAGUCUGAUGGUCAAUAGAAAUCCAGCUCACUAAUCAUGAUUAAAAACCAUUUUCAGGAAACAAUACAAUUAAAUGAUUACGUUUACAUUCUUUUUUUAGUAACCUACAGGACGUGAACUGAGAUAUUCCUGUACCUGAUGUGUUCUCGUAAAUUAUACAGUGAUAUCCAAUAUAGGAAAAAAUAGGAACCAAGGUUUACAUAAGUUUAUGUUGUGACAUUUUAGAAUGUCAAUAAAUUUGUGUUUUGAAAUGUUAAGAGGAACAGAAAAAUGGAAGGCAGCGUUAUUUAUUUCUCUUGAUUCUUGGUACAAUGAGUGAGGUAGGGCACAAAUACAUUCCUUUUAGCAUUAAGGACUAUGAAGUAGUGAGUUAGACUAGGUAUAGUACAGAGAUUAGUUCACACAUUGGUCUUAAAGGGUGAUGGAACAAAAGAAAUAUUAUCUUUGUGUUGCAGCCUCUACCAUCAACACGUGUUGUAAAAAUGUCUUUCAUGUAAAAAGUGCAGUAAAUAUUUACUAUUUAUAUUGAAUAAACAGUUAUGAAGACUUGCAAAGCA